AUGUCGGCCACCGCCAUAUCUGUGCAGAUGUUUUCUUCCUUUGAGUUCUACGAUAGUAACCCGGCGUUUUGUUCUCCAAAUUUUGUCUUUCCGGACACCGAUCUUGAUCUUGCCUCGUUUGUUCCCGACCCGUCCUUGUCGCUCUACGACACCGACCCAUCUGCCUUUCUACCAUUACCCCCGGAUCUCGCUGGUUCCGGUGAUCUGGACUAUGCAAGUCUGCCAACAGGGACUUCCAGUUCGCCGUAUGCGCCCGAUUCAUUUGACUUGACUGCGAUUUCGACUCCUGUUGAUGUGAACGACUCUCUGCCUAUUUUGGAUAUUGACUCCUCGGGCACGGAUUCAGACACCCAAAUCAACCACGGCCAACUACCUUUGCUCAUGCCCGCCUCGAGACUCCCUCCCGUGUCCAUUACUGCCCCAUCGACCUCUAAGGACAACCCGCCGAAGGAGACCCCGAACCGGGUCUCGAAGCGUCAGCUCAAUACCCUUGCUGCGCGGAGAUACCGCCAGCGACGGGUGGACCGGAUGAACGAGCUUGAGGCGGAACUGGAGAAGGUGAAGCGGGAGCGGGACGAGUUGAAGAUGCGGGUGUCGAAGCUGGAGGGGGAGACGGAGGCGUUGAGGGGGUUGGUGAAGAAUAGAGACAAGUAA